AUGGACUUUUUUGUUUUAACGAUGGUUCUUUCAUGCAGCACUCAAGUUUUUGCUCUUUUAAAGCUGUCACCCAGCAGCUUAACUGUCUUAAGUGGGGAUGAAGCCCGCUUUACUUGUAGUUCUGAGAAUGCAGAGUGGGAUGUAAUGCUGUGGGAGCUGAACAACACACUGGUGGUCACCAUCUCCAGAAUUCACGGUGUGCUUUCUUCUUCCGUCCCCAAUGUGACGGCAGAGAAAAGCCAGAAUGGAGAUGCUUGGAUAUUGUUGCUUAUGAAUGUGGAGAGGCACUACGAGGGUCAAGUGAGCUGUAACAUCCAGGGCAAUGCCAAGAAAACAGCAAAUCUCUUUGUUCAAGAAAAAGGCAUAGUGAAAGUCUUUGGAGUUCACACAAUAGCAUUAAAAGGGCAGUUGGUCCAGUUUGAGUGUGAUGCUGUGGGAUGGUACCCUCUCCCUACUUUGCAAUGGGAAGUCCAUGGUAAAAAGUUGAGCCAGAGUGAAUACAACCUCAGCAGUGAACUGACGGGAAAGAGUCUCUUCACUGUGAGCAGCAACCUCAGCAUGACAGCAACUAAGAGCUCACGUGUUGACUGUCUGGCCUCAGUGUCUGCCCUCUCUACCCCGCUGAUGAGCAGCAUCCCUCUGACAGUGGUUGCAGAGGUGGUGCAAGAUGAAGAUGACUGCAGAGUCCCGUUGGCGGUAACAUCCUCCCUCACUGCUCUUCUCCUGCUUCUCUUGCUCUGCAUCUGCACUGUCCUCUGCUACAGACAAAGGAGACAAGCAAAGAGAAGCACACAGGAUGCAAUAAGGACUGAGGAGUCGAACAAUGGACAAAGUUCACUUGCUGAGCCUACACAUGCCAGAAUCAAUUUGGGAUAUAUAAGUGAGGGUGCAACAGACGCAGUUUACAAAGAGAUAAUCAAGGAAAUUCAUAGCAAGAUGGAUUUUGACAGCACUGAGACGGUCCCUGAUAUCGUGACAUCCAGGAGCCUGUCUUUACAUAGUGACGUUCAACCCCCAAUCAACCUUUUAGAGGAGAACUCCAAGAACAUCAGGAGAGUUACAACAGUUUGA